AUGUCCCGAUUCGGAGUCGUUGUGUUGUGCGUCAUGGCUUUCCUGAUCCAGGCGGCACUUAGUCAGCAGUGUGGUUGCAGCAACCAAAUCUCCUACGGUAACUCCGGAGUCGUUCUCAGCGGAAUCAGGUCCAGAUCGUCCAGCAGCUCCAGCCAGAGCGGGUCCAGCUACGGCUCCGCGUCGUACGGCGGCUCGGGCACCGGUCGGGUCGGCGUGUCCGGCGACAUCGGCGCGAGCGGCCAGACCGCCGUCGUCGGCUCCGUGCCCGUGCUCGGCUCCGUCACGUUCGGUGGCACCGUGCCCGCGUCCGGCUCCGUGUCCAUCUCCGGACAGUGCGGAUGCGGUUGCAAAGCUUAA